GUAUAUUGAUGCUUUCGAAAGCGCAUAAGGUCCACUGUGUAAUUAGUACAGUGUAGAUAACCACACCAGCACUAUGGUAUUCAACUUGCCUCCCAGGUACUUCAACAAAGCGAAAGUGGCUACCCACAAAACAUGGUUCAUCUUCGUUGGCAACGUUUUGGAAUGGUACGAAUUCAGUGUCUUUGGGUAUUUAGUAAAUGAAAUUGAACAGAAUUUCUUCAACGGAUCGGGCUCGCUCGCGACGUGGUCUGCUUAUGCUGUUACAUUCCUAGCACGUCCUCUGGGAGCGCUGAUGCUCGGCUGGGUGGCUGAUCACUGUGGACGCAGGACAGCCCUCCUAAUCUCUCUGCUGGGCAUGAUCCUCUCCACUGUGGGUCAGGGAUGUCUGCCUUCUAGCUACUGCUGUGGUGACGUUCCAGGCGUUAUCGGCGUGGUUAUGCUGAUAAUCCUUCGCGUGGUGCAGGGCAUUUGCACUGGGGGCGAGAUAGGCGGUGUGUCUACGUACUUGGCUGAGCAUGAGGACAAGCAUGUGUUGGGCAUGCUAUCGGCUACUGUGGGUAUUGGGGCGUCCAUUGGGUUUAUGUUGUCUAGUAUGGUCAUUCUCAUUCUGCACCUUGCACUGAGUGACGAGGACAUGCUGCUAUGGGGAUGGCGUGUGCCGUUUCUCCUGGCUAUCAUACCGGGAUGCUUUGCAUUGUAUGGCCGGAACUAUCUAGAGGAAACCGAUGAGUUUUUGGAUAUGGUAGCUCUGGAGAAGGCUGGUCAAAAGAUGGACAGCAACGAUGUUGCACACAUAUCCGCAGCCCCACAGGACCCCUCGAUCACCACCAGCAUUACAUUUGACGACAAAGAUACCUCCGCGAAAUGGGGAGAUAAAAGUGACAUCGCAGGUUUGAGCGCGCAUGACGAUCCUGAGCGUGAGAUGGAUGUGAGUCCAGCAAGCACAACCACACCACCCUUACAGGCAUACGCCACACAGGUCACGGCAGGUAAUGAGGGAGAGGCUAUGGAUGAUACGGAGUACGAGGUGGAUGAUAUCACGGGUGCGCGUGUACCACGUAUGAACAUGCAGAAUGUGCAGAAGGAUAGAGCCGUGUUGCCGACGCCUCAAUGGCAGGAUGGUGCUGAUCCUGGGGCCCAGGAAGAGGGUCUUGCGGUGCCGCCCUCGGAGGGGAAUAUACUGCCAGACAAGAAACAGUAUAAACAGGACAAGAUGGAGGCCAAGAGGCUGUCACUCGCCAGUGCGAAUCAGCGGUCGAAGUUCCCGUUGGGCGAUUUGGUGAUGCUGUAUCCCUACCAGACGUUCACGGUUCUGUUUGGAUUAGCAGCAUACUCGUGUACAUGGUACGUGACGCUGGUGUACAGUUUGGACUACAUCCGUGACGAGCACAAUGUCAGUGCGAGUUCGGCCAUGGGCAUGGCUGUGGUGGGCAAUGCCAUUGCGGUGGUGGUGGGGCCUUUCAGUGGUGUACUGGUGGAUGGCUAUGGCGUAGGCAACCAGAUGAUGUGGGGUGUGGGUUCUCUAGUUGUCUUCAGUGUACCUGCGUGGGCAGUGCUCGUCAACGUCAACAAUAUCGCGGUAUUCUACAUCAUACAAGCCUUGAUGGGAGUGGUGAACGGGUGCUUAUGUGCCACACCAUUUCUGUGGGUAGCUGAGGCCUUCCCCACUAACAUGCGUGCGAGUGGUUUCUUUGCAUACAACAUCGCCGUAAGUGUAUUCGGUGGAUGUGGGCCGCUUAUCUGCGAUGCGAUGGUCAGAGGUUGGUCCGCGUGGGGCCCAGCAUUGUACGUUUUGGUGUGCUGUGUGCUGUCACUCUUUGUGGUUUGUUUGUCAUACUAUCUAAACAAGAGGGGUACGGCCACCAUGACGCAUAUCCGACACACUCCCUAUUAGAAAAGACCAUAUAGCCGUCUUCGCCCUUCAUAUGAAGCGUAAGUAAAUAACCUGCAAGUAUUGUAACUAGUGACAACCAAUAAAUUCCUAUCUUUAU